UGCACCACUAAGGUCUGAUUUUUGGCGACUUCCAUCGUUUCCCAGAAUGUCGCCUUCAACCUUCCUGCACUGGCUUUGCCCUUCUUCUCUUCACCUUGAGAAGAUACAGUCGAUCUUCCUUCACUGAACCCUCCCAAUCAGCUCUUUUUACAGAACGCUGCUCCUCUGUGGGUGAAUACAGGUGAGAGGACCAGCCCACAGAUGGGAUCCAAUGAAGGUCCGGCUCUAAUCACCAUCCUCGCUUUGGCUGUAGCAAGAGUGUUACAAGUCUGUAAUUUUUGUUUCACGAACUCAAGGAGAAAUAGGGACACGGAGUCAAGCUCAAGAACAGACGAUAGGUCUGGAGAAAAGGAGGAGGUGUUAAGGAGGGACUCAGAGUCAACCUCGAGAACCAACAACGCGUCUCGCGAAGAGUACGAUGUGUUGCUGAGUUUCCGGGGACCAGAUACUCGCGAUGGAUUUGCCAAUUGCCUCUAUCAUCGCUUGAGAGACGCUGGAAUCCGCGUUUUCUUGGACAAUGAAGAACUCCGAGUUGGUAAAGUAAUUGGUGGAGAGCUUUUGAAAGUACAUGAAAAGUCUCGAAUAUACGUACCUAUCUUCUCUAAGGGUUACGCUAAUAGUUCGUGGUGUCUCCGUGAGGUUGCACACAUGGUGGAAUGCACCUCAACAUCAUAUGGGAAGAAAGAGAUACUUCCCAUCUUUUACGAUGUGGACCCUGACGAUGUUAAGCUCAAAACUAAAUUGUACAGAAAAGCCAUGUCCAAGCACAAGAAGAAGUUUGGCUCUGAUGAAUUGAAGCGGUGGGAAAAUGCCCUUGUUGAGGUUGCACGUGUGAAGGGAUGGGAUCUUAAAGGCAAAGGCCAAGGAGAACAAAUUGAAUUGAUUGUUGAAGAGGUUUCCCGCAAACUUAAUACAAGACACAUGAUUGUGACCGAACAUUUGGUUGAAGAUACUGCUCAAAUGGAAGCCAUAAUGAAAUUGUUGGAUGUUGGCUCUGGUGGUGUACGUUUUGUCGGUAUCCAUGGCAUGGGUGGUGUUGGAAAAACAACUCUUGCCAAAGUCAUUUUCAACAAAUUAUCUUCUCACUUUGAAUGUUGUAGUUUCCUUGAAGACGUUCGAGCAUCAUCGCAGCCUCAUGGUGGCCUUAUAGAAUUACAGAAAAAGCUCUUAUUAGAUUUGGCCGGUCAUGGGAUUGCUAACCAAAUUAAAGAUGUUGAUGGCGGGAUCACAAUGAUCAAAAAAUCAUUGAGUACUAAAAAAGUACUCAUUGUUCUUGAUGAUCUAGACAAGAAAGAGCAACUCCAAAAACUAGCUGGAAAAUCUGAUUGGUUUUGUUCUGGUAGCAGAAUCAUUGUCACAACCAGGGACGAAAGCAUCCUGAUGACUCAAGUUAGCUCAUCUAGUAAAAAGGUCCUCAACCAACCCCAAGGAGUUUUGCGUUAUGAAAUUCAAGGAAUGAGAUUUGAUUUAGCGCUUCAUCUAUUUUAUAAGCAUGCAUUUAGAAGUGACUCUGGUAUAGAAGAAUAUGAUGCUCUUUCAAGAGAAAUUGUUUGUACAGUGGGCAUGCUUCCUUUGGCUGUUGCAGUUAUAGGAUCCAAUCUUUUUGACUGGGGCAAAGAUUUGGGGCAUUCGGAUAAAAUAGAAGUAUGGGAUGAGACGUUGAAGAAGUUAAAGGAAGGUCCUUUUGAGGAUGUUCGAGAUACAUUAAUGAUAAGUUAUGAACGAUUAGAGAAUAAGCAUCAAGAAGUAUUUCUCGAUAUAGCCUGCUUUUUUAUCAAUGCUGACAGAUCAUAUCCGGUUAUCAUGUGGAAGGAUUGGGGAUACUUUCCUAGCAUUGCUAUGAGGGUUCUCUCUCAGAGAUCCUUGAUCAAAAUUAGAUAUGAUAAUAGGUUUUGGAUGCAUGACCAAGUUCGAGACUUUGGAAGAUACAUUGUUCUCGAAGAGUAUCCUCGCAAGUUUUGUAGGGUGUGGAUUUGUGAGAAAGCCCUAAACCUACUGGGGAGAAAAAAGAGAAAUGAAGACGUUGAAGCAUUAAGCCUGACUUCCAAUGGCUACAGCCGCAACAUUGCAUCUGAAGAAUUAGCUACUCUACCAAAUCUAAGGUUCCUUAGAGUGAAAGGCAUUGAUUUUUUCGGCAACUUCAAGAAUCUUCUUUCGGAGCUAAGAUGGUUUUCUUGGGAAAUUACGAAUAAGGAAUUUUAUGCGGAGAGUUUUCAUUUUACUAGUUUGGUCGUGCUAGACCUUUCAAGAAGUGAUAUCGAAGAUGACUGGGGUGGGUGGAGCCAAAUCCAGAUGACAGAAAAAUUAAAAGUUUUGGAUUUAACGGAUUGCACAAAAUUGAGGAGUACACCCGACUUCUCUAAUUUCACAUCUUUGGAGACAUUAAUACUUGCUCGGUGUACCAACAUAAUCACCAUUCACCCCUCGAUUUCUAAGCUUCAACUUCUAGAGAUUUUGAAUAUCAAAGGGUGUAGUUCUCUUGGGGAGUUGCCUGAAGAAGUCGGUUCUCUACAAUCUUUGAAGCAUAUCGUCAUGCCACAAAAUUUUCAACCCUUCAAGCUUCCGGAGAUAUUUGGCAAUUUGAAAUCUCUGUCGAGUUUUAGAUUAAACGAGCACCCUAAAAUCCCCCAACUUCCGGACUCAAUUGGAGGGGCAGCAAAUCUUACUAGCAUAACUUUGCGCGGGUGCGUCGGGAUAAAGGAACUUCCAAGCUCAAUUGGGGAGUUAAAAAUGUUGGCAGAGUUGGAUGUAUCAACUUCAGGUGUAAUUGAACUACCCGAUUCUAUCGGAAACUUAAAGAAACUAAGGGUGUUGAGGUUAUGUAGAUCGAAGAUAAAGGAGUUUCCUCAUACUAUUGGAGGACUGGAGAUGCUUGAAGGCUUAUAUGCCCACAAAUCCUAUGAUUUGAUAGAUAAAAACUUGGAGGAAAUUGGGAAGCUAUUCCAUUUGAAGACAUUGGACUUAGCAUUUACUAGUGUUUCUAGAUUGCCUCUAGAGAUAAGUCGUCUCCAUCUCCAAAAACUUCAAGUGGGUUCAAUUGAGCUUCAACAUGUGCCGGCUCUUCCAUCAAGUUUGAAAUUCCUUGCGGUUCAAGCUAUGGACUUCUCUCUUGUCCCUCACCCCUCAAGCAUCACCGAUUUAGAACAUCUAGAAUUAUAUAGAUUUAGCAAUUUGAGAAUUAGAAAUCACUUUACUAGGUUGGACUAUGACUCAAAACUUAAAGCAGCUUUGAUGAGGGAGCAACCAUCCUAUCAGCUUCCAUCUCAUUUGUUGACCUUGAAACUCAGGAAUAUUAGUCCACUGCCACAUUUUUCCAACUUACUAAAUUUGAAGGUUCUGCAUGUAAUUGAAUGUCCAAUAUUGCACCUACCUAUCACUCCAGGGCUAACACAUUUGAGGGAACUGCACAUAAGUAGAUGUGAAUCCCUUAAAGAAAUACCCGGUCUAUCACUCUUGAAGAGUCUGGAGCGCUUGGAACUGAAAGGCUUGAAUAUGCUAGUUGAGAUUCAAGGUUUGGCAGAACUGCAAUCUCUGCAAUACCUCCUCCUUUCCAGUUGUGAUUUACUAGGAAAGUUACCCAACUUGGAUAAGUUAGGUAAGCUACAACAUCUAGAGCUAGAAGCUUGUCCAAAUUUAAGAGCCAUUGAGGGUAUGGAGGGCUUAGAAAGCUGGGUGUUGGAUAGUCGUGGCCGCACAAUCCUUGAAAGAAUGUUGAAUAUUUCAAGAUCGACUUGGCUUUCCCACAGAUUACCUAUGUAUGAUGUGUUCUUGAGUUUUAAAGGACCAGACACUCAUUAUAGCAUUGUCAAUUAUCUUCACUAUUAUAUGUUACGUGAUCGAGUUUCUGUUUAUAGUGAUGACGAUGACUUGAGGUCCAAUGAAGGGAUUGGGGAAGAGAUUCUACAAGCACUCACUAAUUCCAAUAUCUAUAUACCUGUCUUCUCUAGAAACUACGCUUCCAGUCAUUGGUGUCUCCGCGAACUUGCCUACAUGGUAAAAUGCGCGUCCGAAUCAAAGGGGAAAAGAAGAAUCCUCCCCAUUUUCUACGACGUGGAGAUUGAUGAUGUUAAGCUUGAAACUGAUAUAUACAAAAGUGACCUAGACAAGCAUCAGACGAACUUCGACCACAACGAAGUGAAGUCAUGGAAAGAGGCCCUCAUUGAGGUCGCAGCAAUGAGGGGUUUCGUGUGGAAAAAUAACAGAUCUUAGUCUAGUCGCUGUCAGGCGCCUACCUUGAAUUUUUGGGACUGUGGCUCCAUACAUGUUAUAUCAUAGUCUCUCAUAAAACUCACAUCCGUCAUCUCACAGGCUAGCCAUAUGGAUCGUGGUCAAUUCAUAUCAGUCACUUUACAUAAAUGUUACCGUGACCUCAUCUUGAUCUUUUAUCAAGCGAAAUUCGUAUGAGAAAAAGAAAGAACGUGCAGAGGAGUUCUUGUUUCAGCGGACGUAUAGCUUGUGCUUCGGCUUGAACAUCCAACGAUUCAUGCUAUGAGUCUUACAUCUGAAUUGAGUUGUUUAUUUGUAAAUAAUGCGGGUUUGGACUUAACCUAGGUGUGGAAAAUAUUCAAGUGUGUGAGCGAUUGUAACUCUAAUUCUCCGAUUAUAGUGGAUUAUUUGCUGCUGGUUCUCCUCGUGGAUGUAGGAACCAACAUUCGGAUCGGACUACAUAUAUAUUCGGUGUCCUUUAUUGUUUCUCAUUUAUGUCUCUGAUUCUCUC